AUGCCUUCCUCCUCCUCCGUCAACCCGGAGCACGAAGCCGUCACUGCAGUGGAACUCGUCGCCGGCCACGCUGCCAAGGAAACGAGGGCCACGGGCGCCGAGGGCUUCGACUCGCUCCUGCGCACCCAGGAGGAGAUCGACGCGCUCUGCGAGCAGUACGGCGUGCCGAAGGAGUUCACCGCGCGCCCCGCCGGCGACCUGCGCGCGAACUCGACGCCGCCGCCGGGGGCCAUCUGCGUGUACGCACGGGCGCUGGAGGCCGGGAUGCGCGUGCCGCUGCGCGGCUUCUUCCGUGCGGUCCUCGCCCACUUCGGCAUCGCGCCGGCGCAGGUCACGCCCAACGGGUGGCGCUUCAUGGCGGGCUUCCUCGUGCUCUGCGAGUCCACCGACGUCCCUCCCUCGCUCGCGGUGUUCCUGCGCUUCUUCCACCUGUCCAUCAUGGAUCAAAAGCACGAGAAAGGGUGGUACUUUUUCCAAUCCAAGCGGGGCAGCUCCAGCUUGGGCUUCACGGGGUUGCCGAACCGGGGUUGCAAAUCCAUCCGACGCUGGAGACACGACUUCUUCUUCCUGUCGGCGCCGGAGCCGUGGCAUUGCGCCGUGGAGUGGGGCGAGCCGCCCAAGAGCUCCUUCAGAAACCUGAGGCUCACCGCUGAGGAAAACGAAUCGGCGGUGAAGCUGAUAAGUGCUUAUGGUGGCGCCGCUGUUGAUCUCAGGAACCUGCUCCCUGCUAGGUGCUCAGGGCGGCGCCGUCGUCUCUGCAACAGCAACCCCGCCGUCUGUGCCGCCGUGAUAACCACAGCAUCCCCGCCGCCGCCGCCGCCGCCUUCUUCAACUCACUUUGCUGACUUGGUGUUGUAUGACAUGAUGAAGACAAUGCCGGCGGAGAAGGUGGCCGCGCAAGCGUCGGCGUCGGCGAGGAAGAGGACCUGGGAGGAAGCCAACGGCAGGGAAGAGGUUCUGCCUCUUUCAGUGCUGUCCAGUGUGCCCAACAGGCACGACGGACACACCACGGACAGGGAGGCUGCACGGGGGUUGCUGCCGUGUGGCGUCGGGCAGGCGCUGGAGCGCGCGUUCGCCGCGAACGAGCCUACCGACGACGCAGCGAUUCGGCAGGCCGCGAACUACGUGAUCGAGCUGGAGGAGAAGCUGGUGGCUAGGGAGCGCGACGCCACGGCCCUGCGGGAGCUGCUGGAGGGGGCGAAGAAGGAGCUCGCCACGGCAAAGCGGGCGGCGGACGCGGAGCGGGAGAAGGCUGGGUCCGAUCUCGCCGCGGCGGGAGCAGAGCUGGAGAAGACCAAAGCCGAGCUCGCCGCGGCAAAUCGAGCGGUGGACGCGGAGUUGGUGAAGACGAAAGCCGAGCUCGCUGCGGCUCGGGCGGAGGCGGCCAAGACGAAGGCCGAGCGCGCUGCGGCUUGGGAGGAGGUGGUGAAGACGAAGUCCGAGCUCGCCGCCGCGGAGGCAGAGUUGGUGCAGGCCAAGGCCGAGCUCACCGCGGGGAAGCGUGCCGCGGAGACUGAGCUGGUGAAGGCGAAGGCCGAGCUCGCCGCGGUGGAGGCGGAGCUGGAGAGCGCCAAGACGGCAGCGCUUGUUCAUGAAAUGUUGGAUUCAGAAGAGCAGGUGAGGCAGCGCGCGGAGGACGCGCUGGAGGGAUACAAGCGCUGGCGAGGUCAUCACGCUCCGGCUGGCCGUGCUACCUGA